AUGGUGAAGUUGUUUGGAAUCUCGUUGGCGUUUGCCUUGUUAUGUGGAAUAUGUCAUGCGGAUAUAUCGCUAAAACUGCGAGAGCAGCAGCAGCAGCAACAACAACAAUAUUUUAAGGAAAGCAACUAUGGAAAUUCUGGAUAUCAAAUUUUUGAAGUUCAUAAUCAUUAUGAGGGCAAAAGUCAUCAAUAUUUGCCACCUCAAGGAGUGACACAACAGCAGCAACAACAACAACCACAACAGCAGCAACAACAACAGGAUAAUGAUAAUUUGGAUGUAUCCUUUUUAGGUUUCGCUGAUACGACUGCAACAGUUGCUGCUGCACCAUCGCCUUCUCCCGCUGCCUCUGUGCCUGUACCAUUUCCAUCCAACUAUCAGCACGAUUUCCAACGCAAGCAACAGCAACAGCCUCAAAGCUAUAAUGCUCCCGCUUAUUUGCCACCUACUGGCCAUCAGCAACAGCAAACGCAAUUAAGUCAACAAAGCUAUCAGGCUGCAGGAUAUUUGCCACCCAUCACCAGUAGCAGUUCUGCUUCUAGCAGUAGCAGUGGUGCCGUUACCCAAGCUUUGUCUGUGUUCCAAGCUCCCGAUUAUUUGCCACCACAGCAAUCCCAACAACAACAACAGCAGCAGAAACAACAAGUUUAUCAAGGUCCAACCUAUUUGCCACCAUCGACAAGCAGCAGCAGCACCACCAGCAGCAGCAGCAGCAUCGCUUCUAGCAGCAGCACAAGUGCAACUGCGGUUGGAUCAGCUUCAACUCAAUACAGUGCUCCUGGAUAUUUGCCCCCUGGUUACGAGUUUAACAAUCCUGAAGCAAAUCAAAUUACACGACUGCAACCCGUCCAACAGCAAUCCAUCCAACAGCAACCCAUUCAACAGCAAUCCAUCCAACAGCAACCCAUUCAACAGCAACAAUUGCAGCCAACUACACCCGCUCAGGCAACUGUAACAGCGACAGCAACAGCAACAUCAUAUCAAGCUCCAGGCUAUUUGCCACCAGGCUAUGAUUUUGCCAAUCCUGAUGUGUUGCCAAUAUCGCUGACUCAGCAGCAAUCGGUGGCUCCCGUGCAACACAUUGCUCCCGUCCAAGCAGUGGCUCCUGUACAACACGUUGCUCCUGUACAACAACCAGCUAUUGGCGAAUAUCGUGCUCCAGAUUAUCUGCCACCUAGCUAUGAGUCACCAAAACUGUUGCAGCAACCACAACCGAUUGUCUAUCAGCAACCACAGCAAUCAUUGCCCGUUGCUCAACCCACACAGGCAACAAUCAGUCAUCCUGGCGUUCUACCAGAUGGUUAUGAGUUUACUAAGCCAGAAAAUGCAGAAGCAGCCAUUGCAGAGCUCCAUAGCCUGCAGACACAGACAAAGCUGUUAAAACAACAACAACAACUACAGCUACAACAACAGCAACAGCUACAACACCAGCAACAGGUUGUGUUGCAAUCCCAAUUGCAAGUGUCCAAUCAACAACAAGGAGCCGAUAUUGUCUAUGGCCAACCGAAACAACAUCAACAACCAUUGGCCCCACAAACAAUUGCAACGACAACAGCAACAGCCACAUCAACCUCCACAUCUUCAACUGGUUCAUACCAAGCUCAAGGUUAUCUGCCACCAGUGGCUAUUGGGGCAGCAGCACCAUUGUCAAUUGCUGGUCCAUCCUCGACAGCCACAACAACAACAACGGCUCAAGGCUCUUAUCAAGCACAAGGUUAUUUGCCACCAGUUACCAUUGCUGCCCCAGCGCCAGUGCGAGUUCCCGCACCUGUUCCUAUUCCUGCCCCAAUUGCAGCUCCAGUAUCAGUUUCAGUUGCAGUUCCAGCUCCAGCUCCAGUAGCUUCUCCUUUGCCCAUUCCUGCACCAAUACCAGGCGCCAAUCCCAUAUACUCGGCUCCGCAGAGGCAGCAAUAUAAUGCUCCGGGCUAUUUACCACCAACAUCUGUGCCAGUUGCUGCUCAAGCUCCUCCCACCACACAGGUUACCCAUAUUCACUCGCUAAGCAGCUAUAUGAAUACAGUUCAACCUUUUGCACGUUACGCACAGCCAGUCCAACAGCAUCAACAUCAGCAACAUCGUAUUCAAUACCAACAGCGUCCUCAACAACAGCAACAGCAUCAGCAAGUUAUUGAGGUAGCACCCAUGUAUCGUGAACAAUCAAAACGUCCGCGAUUCUAUGCGCCAGCCAUGUCAUAUGUACGCACAGCCUUACCCCAGCAAUAUCGUCCAUCCCAACCUCAACGUCAUGUCCAACAUCAGCACCAACAUCAUCACUAUCAACAGCAACAACAACAACAACAACAACGUGUCAUCACACAGAAGCUUCAGCCAGUGUCUACCACCAAUUCGCUGAGCUUGCAGGCUCAACAAUCCUUACAGAAAUUUAUGCCCAAGGACAUCCAAAUGGCUGUCAAUGUGGCUGUUGCAGCUGCAACUCCAACAGUCCGUGCUAUCGGUAGCUCCAAAGUGCGUACUGUGCAAAUUGUCAAACCCCAUGCUGUGCGGACAUUUAAGGUGCUCGAGUCUUUGGAUCAGAAUGGUGUGAAAACCAUUAAGAUUUUAGGUGCCAGCAAUGAGGUGCCACAGGGUCAUCAUCAUGUUGUUAAGGUGGUCACACAAAAUGCCCAAAGCGGUGUCGAAAGUCAUGUGCAAACAGUCAAGAUCUACGACGAUCAGCAGGAAUAUGUACCGCAGCAACAGCAACAGCAAACAAUCAUUCAGCGAGGCUAUCUGCCACCACAGCAGGCUCAGGCUCGUCCUCGUACUAGGAUAGUACGUCAAGUUCAGGCCAAGACCUUAACGAAACCUCUACGCCUAUUGCCAGUUGCCAGUUCCAGUUUUAGUUCAGUUUAA